AUGCCCCAAGGAGUUGUACCCCUUCAAGGAUGGAACCCUUACAACCGUACCGGAAAUGAUCACAACAACUACAGAAACUUGCAGCAAAACGAGUCAGGCUCAUCUGGAGGGAUCUAUACGUUGCCGAGGGAUAAUGUUUUCCUGGAGAGACCGGGACAACCAGAAUGCCAAUUCUACGUGAAGACAGGAGACUGUAAAUUUGGCACUUUUUUGUUUAGAUUCUAA